AAAUUUCAAUGAAUGAAGGUUUCACAUUGAGAAAUGCUUCGGAAAGUAUUGGCUGUGAGCUUUAUCACAGCUGCAGUCACAACCGCCCAUAUCAAAUCCAAUUAUCUGGAGAAUUCUUCGAGGGAUCUCAUAGCAAGUGCCUUGGGACUCAUCGAAGAAUUUCAAAAUAGUGAUAACAAUUAUGAAUCACGUUCGAUUCACAAGAGGAAGAAUGAGGGUACGGGGGUUCAAGGCAGAAGCUACUACGGAGGCACGAGUCCUGCAUUCUAUCCAGCAUUCGACCCAAUCAGUAUUCUGGCAUCUCUAGCCUUUCUUGCUUUUCUAUUGCAAUCGUUUGCUGCACUUUUCGACAGAUCGAGAUCCAUCAUUCCGGCUGUGAUAAGCAGCAGAGAUUCAUCAGCGGAGGAUGAAUCUCCCGAUCCUAUUGAAUUAAUCCUACGUGCACUAGAGGAAUACGACGUCUCAAACGACAUCAAUACCGACACCGAAAGAACCGUCGCGAAAAUCACCAAAUGAAUCGAUAUGCAUUGAUUUCACCUUGAUAAUAAAAUACUGAAAUUGUUUUGUCAAUAAAUUUAAUUCUCUACAA